CAUUCAGCACACGAUGGGUGCAACCACCAAGCUGCCCAAGAUCACCGAGCAGGUGGAUCAAGAUUCUAACCAGAAAGGUGACCAGGUGAUUCCCAGGACAGAGAUGACAACGGGAGCAGGAGCAGGAGCAGAUUUCGAGACCGCCAUAGAUGCCGCGGGAUUUGGAAUGUUCAAUAUCCUACUUCUGAUUGCUGCUGUCCCAGCAGCCAUGGGCACUGUUUAUGAGACCUCAACAAUGUCCUACAUCCUGCCCAGUGCCGAGUGUGAUCUCAAGUUGAGCCUAUUGGACAAGGGUAUUCUAAAUGCCAUCACCUAUGCGGGCAUGAUCUGUUCAGCAGUGAUGUGGGGUUACCUGGCGGAUACCAAGGGACGAAGGAAUCUUCUCAUUCUGGGCUAUGCUGCAGAUACAUUCUGUGUGCUGGGUGGAGCCUUCAGUCAGAAUAGGAUACAGCUGAUGGUGUUUAAGUAUCUGGGAGGUUUCUGUAUGAGUGGGCCCUUUGCUGUGCUCAUGACGUAUCUGACGGAACUCCAUGGACGCAAACAUCGCCAGCGCAUCAUGAUGGUGGUGGGCAUCAUGUUCUCCAUUGCCACUUUGACGCUACCUGGUUUGGCCAUGCUAAUUCUACCCCAGGAAUGGAAUAUUAACAUUUGGACUUUGUCGCUAUCCUCCUGGCAGGUCUUUGUGGCCAUUACCGCCUUACCUAGUCUUCUGAGCUUUGUGCUCUUUUUCUUUCCGGAAAGCCCCAAAUUUCUCAUGUCAAAAGGACGAAAUCAGGAGGCCAUGGAUGCCUUUAAAUUCAUGUAUCAUUUAAAUACACGCAAAGCCAAGGACUCGUUUCCAAUCAAAUUGCUGGCCAAUGAAGUGAUUGUGCCUGAGCCCAAAAAACACAAAGAGGAUAAGACUGUUUCAGUUGAAAUUAAGCUGCCAAUUGAUAAUAAUAAUGACCUACAAGAUGCCGAACAGGGUGCCAAGGCAGCGACGCUAAAGAAGACCUCAGGCUUCUCUCAGCUAAGACCAUUGUUCACCAAACCCUACUUGGGUUUAUCCCUCUGGGUAUAUCUGCUCAAUUUCUGUGUGCUAUUGGGACAAAACACGAUGCGUUUGUGGCUACCUCAGCUCUUUGCCUCGAUCAAUGAAUAUGAACAACUGAUGGUUGCAAGUGGUGAAACUGGUUCUACGAGCAUUUGCAACAUCCUGGAGUACAGUGUGAAUCGCACUCAGGCUCAGCUAGAGGCAGCCACUCGUAAUGAUCCUUUGGCCGAGUGUCAUGUGAAUAUCACUGCCUCAACAUAUACAAAUAAUCUAAUAGUGGCGGCUGCUGGUUUUGUGGCCUAUAUGUUGGCCGGUUUUCUGGUCAAUUUGGUUGGUGUUAAGCGUAUUAUGACAAUUGGUCUCUUUGCUGCUGGCUGCUGUUCCAUUGGCAUGUAUUGGUCCAAUUCAGCAAUAUCUACUGUGGCUUUAGCUUCGUUAUUUGUAACCAUGGGCAGCAUAUCUGCCACAUCGGUAAUCAGUGCUUCGGUCAAUCUAUUUCCCACUUCGCUUAGGACAAUGAUUGUCUCAUUGGAAAUGAUGUUCGGUCGCAUGGGCUCUCUGCUGGGCAAUAUCUUUUUCCCAGCUCUGAUGGGAUUGGGUUGUGUGCCGCCCUUUUUCAUGGUCAGUCUGUUCAUGUUGGCCGGUUGCCUGAUGGCCGCCUUUUUGCCAUUGAAGAACAAGGCUGCCCUGAAGUAAGGACCAGAAGUCAGGAGUCACUCUGCUGUAUAUAUAGUAUUUAAACUUAAUUCUUAGUUUAAGUUCUUACUCAACUUUCUCAAAGGGGGAGGAUUUGGGGGGUUUGAGAUAUUUAUUGCACAAGUUUGUCCAUUUAUUUACCAAUUUAAAACCGACAAAAGCAUUUCACCUAGCAUCAAGCAAGCAAAGAGGAGGGGAGCAGGACUCUUGGCACUUGGUCUUAGGACUUCUCCAAGGGUAUUUGCACUUCCUUCUCAUUUAUUUUGCACUAUCUAUUCCAUUUCCUUUUUUUUUUGUUUUUGUUUUUUAUUUUUGUUUGUGUU